UCAAAAUUGGCUGUUGACUGCGUCAGCGCCGCGGUAGUAGUGCGAAGCUUCAGUUCAUCAGAAGAGGAGCUACAAGUGGACUGGUCUGCACUGGACAAGACAGAAGAGCAGGAGAAAGAGGACAAAUCGAUACCAGAAGGUGCUGAGGACGAGUCGACUGCAUUUCUACUCGCGAGACUGGAACAGGAGAACGCGAAGUUUGCAUCGGACCCGAAGGCUUCGUCAAGUAAGAAGGGCGCGCUAGCGAGGGCUCGAGCAGGCAGUCGUCCACCCAGCAUGGCACAUUUGAAGAAGCUGGUGGCAGAGCGCGAUAGUCCUGCUAUUCGACACAGUCUGUCAGCGGAUGUGCAAGUCCCAGCAGAGCUUCCGCCCAUGACUGAGCUAGAAUUCUGGGCAGCCUUGGUGCAAGAUUAUCCUUCGACCGCGGUUCGGCUGCCAACGUUGACAACGACAAAGAUUCGCUCUGGAAUUCCGCUGCCACUGAGAGGAGUGGUGUGGAGUUCCAUGGCGGGUGCGCGAGAGAAGGUGUUGGAAGAUGCGUUUGACAAGCUUGUGCACGAGAAGAGCUCGUACGAAGGUAUCAUCAACAAGGACGUUGGUCGCAGCUUCCCAGGGGUUGAGCUUUUCCGAGAUGCGGAAGGCGAAGGCCAGAAGAUGCUUGGAAGAGUGUUGAAGUGCUUUUCUCUGCAGGACAAGGACAUCGGAUACUGCCAGGGUUUGGGCUUCUUGGUUGGACCACUCCUAAUGAACAUGGGCGAGCGUGAGGCUUUCUGCGUUCUUGUUCGCCUCAUGGAUCACUACUCUCUUCGACCAUCUUUCCUGCCAUCCCUCUCGGGAUUACACAUGCGGAUAUAUCAAUUCUCCUCGCUUCUACAACAGCACCACUCCAAGCUCCACAACCACCUCACGGAAUUGGGCAUCGAGCCUGCUUACCUAUCCCAAUGGUUCCUGUCAUGUUUCGCCGUCACCUGCCCUCUACCGAUGCUUUUCCGUAUCUACGACGUCAUCUUUGCGGAGGGCGCGAACGAAACAGUGAUGCGAGUAGCAUUGGCUUUGAUGAGACAGCACGAAGAGAGGAUGUUGGCCACGACCGAAUUUGAGGAAGUAAUGCAACUUCUGCUUGGGCGGGAGCUGUGGGAUUGCUAUGGAGGCGACGCGGAUGCCCUUGUGGACGACUUUACCUCUUUAGGGGACAUUGUCACAUUCGCUCGCCUGUCUGAGCUGGAGAAGGACUUCAACAAUCAAUCCUCCGAAACCGUUGGUCGAAGUGCCGGAUUCUUGCCCGACGUGCAGGCGGCCGCAGGGAGAUUUUUGGGACGAAUUUGGGCGCCCGGUCACAACUCCACUCCCAGCAAGCCUGUGGUGCCGACCCAUGGAGUCAUAUUUGGUCGCCCUACCAACUUCUUGCGCCGGAGCCCGAGCAAGCAGAGCAUCACCAUGGCUGCCGAUAGCAGCAGUAGCGAGGACAGUACAUCAACCGCCGGCAUUGCAGAUUCCGCGAGUCUGCGAUCAAAGCCGGAAUCGAUCAUGCCCAGCCACGCCCGAGAACAGCAAGAGCUCAACGCACAAAUCGAAGACUUGCUGGUAGCCAUCAGCGAGACCCAAAGAGAGCAGUCGCAGCUUGCGGCGAUGCUGCAACGGGAAAGGGAGGACCGUAGCGAGGAUCAUAAGGCAAUGAAAGAGCUCAUCAGCAACGUCUACACUCAUGCUGGCAAGGCUAAAUCGACCGCAUCAGACGACGAGAUCUCAGAACUGGUGGAGAAGAUGCAAGAGCGACUGCAGGUCAAUGUGCGGUUCUCGGCGAAUCUGGAAACGAAGGCUCAGCUGCGGACAACGCUAGCCCGCACGCGAGAACAGCUUGUAGCAGCAGAGGCCCAAUCGAGAGAUUUGAUGGCUCGCCUGGACGCAGCAGAAGCUUCCAUGUCUUUAGUCCAGUCCGAGAGCGAGGAUCUUCAAGCAGAAAUCAGGGAGCUUCGCCUCCGCGUUGCGGAUGACUUCAAAGCACGUCAGAAGACCGAGUACCACCUGCGAGAACUCAAAGCGCAGGCCCGUACUGUCGAGCGCAAUGAGCUCCAGAGCUCGCAGCAAGCACCUACGGUCAAUCGCAAUUCCAAUCCGGCACCGGGCGGUCUCCGCGAACUCCGACUCGGUCGACGAGAAUCGUCAUCGUCCGUACAGAAACGCCGCGGCUUCUCCAAGCGCACAUCUUCUCUUGCUACACAAGAAGUCUUCGCCACUCCUGAACACGAAUCCGUUUCCGAAGAAGCUCUCCUUCUCGAGCUCGUCAACGCCAAAACUUCCGAAGCCCAAGCCAGACAGGAAGUCGACGAGCUCCGCAAGGCACUCUCCGUUGGUAAGAGACAGCAGGAGGCCGCAAUGGUACAGAUGAGGGCCGAAAUGGAGGCUUUGAAGGUUGAGGCUGCGAAAGCCAACGCCGCCGCGGCCGCAUGUGCGAAGAGUGGUGACGCCGAGACGACUGCCCGGCCGGAGCCCUCCAGGAUGGGCUCGAUCUUCAGUCUGCAAUCGACGCCAUUCUCGAGUGCAAAUUCGGAUGAAGGAGCGGGUAGUGGCAAAACGACGCCUGCUGCGGAGGACAAGUCCAACGGAAAGAAGGGCUCUGCCACGACCGAGACACCACCUGCUGCUGGCGGCGUUGGAGGCUGGUUUUGGGGGAGGAGAACGGCGAGCCAGUCUGUCAAUACUGCGACCCCUGCAGCAGAGUGAGAGAAAGAAGACGAGGACAUGAGAGAGGACACAGCGUAAGAGGUGGCUGUAAGAAGCAGGGGGACAAGCACGCUGUGCGAAAUGAGAAGGGCAAUGUGGCUUCGACAGCGAUUUAUUCGUUUCACAUGAUGGAUCGUAUCGUUCUAUGGGUUGUACUUUUGACAUCGCGACACAGCGACUAUGCAUGGGCAAUGGGCAUGGCGCGUUUGACAGGCAUAUCGGCGUCUGCUGGAGAAUCGAGAGGCACGACCGCCUGGUCUUCCAUCUUUUGAAGGCUUCGUAAUUUGAAUUGUACAUAUCUUGAGAGGGAAAAUAAGAAGAGAUGAGUGCUGGACCCAAUAUGGUAUCAAACGCGGCCCU